GCGUGGUUUCUCCAAUUUUAAAUUUGGUUGAAGAUUAAUUUUGAAGGCAUUAAAAGGCUCGGGACACCAAAACCGCAUCUUUCUAUAAAAUUUAGAGGUGCACUUUACUUGUACAGUAUAGGGCACCUUACACAAACGUCACCCGAGGCCCUCUCCUCUCUAUUCAUCUGCAAUCGCAAGCUCUUCCCUACCCAAGCCCCUUCUCUCUCUAGCCCUUGCUCCCUUUCUCUCUCUUCGCUGGCUCCCUUUCUCUCUCUGUAACCUCUUUCUACCUAAUCUCUCUGUUCCUGUUGUUUUUUCACUCUCUCUCUCUGCAACGAGCCUCUCCCUUUUUCUUGUUUCUGACCUCUCUUCAAGCCUUUGAAGAAAUUUUAGAUUUUCAGGUUAGCAAACAGGGGAAAUUGCUUGUAGCAGAAUUCCCUGGUUUUCACAGACAGCUUAGCAAAGGAUGAUAUAUAGAACUGCAUGCUAGCCUUCAUCUAAUUACAGUGUGCACUAAAGCACCAUUAGACGCAUUGAAUCAAUAUGAAGGCACUAAUACUUGUUGGGGGGUUUGGUACUCGCCUGAGGCCAUUGACGCUUAGUCUUCCAAAGCCACUUGUGGAUUUUGCUAACAAGCCCAUGAUUCUUCACCAGAUUGAGGCUCUAAAAGCAAUUGGGGUGACUGAGGUUGUUCUAGCAAUCAAUUACCAACCAGAGAUAAUGUUGAACUUCUUGAAAGAUUUCGAGGAAAAACUCUGUAUCAAGAUUACAUGUUCACAGGAGAUGGAGCCACUGGGCACUGCAGGUCCAUUGGCCCUUGCUAGGGACAAACUGAUUGAUGAUUCUGGGGAGCCCUUCUUCGUCCUCAACAGUGAUGUCAUAAGUGAGUUCCCGCUUAAGGAGAUGAUUGAAUUCCACAAGGCCCAUGGCAAAGAGGCAUCUAUAAUGGUAACCAAGGUAGAUGAGCCCUCAAAAUAUGGGGUUGUGCUUCUAGACGAAGAAACAGGUGAGGUCAAGGAAUUUGUUGAGAAACCCCAGAUCUUUGUGGGCAACAAGAUCAAUGCUGGCAUCUAUCUUCUUAACCCCUCUGUUCUCGACCGCAUCCCUCUCAAACCCACAUCUAUCGAGAAACAAAUCUUCCCCAAAAUUGCCUGUGAAAACCAGCUCUAUGCAAUGGUCCUCCCUGGCUUUUGGAUGGACAUUGGCCAGCCCCGGGAUUACCUCACAGGUCUAAGGCUCUACCUAAAUUAUCUUCGCCGCAUCAGCUCUCCAUUGCUUGCAUCCGGGCCCCACAUCAUAGGCAAUGUGGUAAUGGAAGAAACUUCCCAAAUAGGCGAGGGCUGCCUUAUUGGACCCGACGUGGCGGUGGGACCUGGUUGUGUGGUGGAGAGUGGGGUCCGGCUCUCAAGGUGUUCAGUUAUGCAGGGGGCUCGCAUUAAGGAGCAUGCCGUUGUGUCAGGAAGCAUCGUGGGGUGGCACUCAACAGUCGGGGAGUGGGCCCAUAUAGAAAAUAUGUCGGUGCUUGGCGAGGACGUGCAUGUGAGGGACGAGGUAUAUUGCAAUGGUGGACUUGUGCUCCCCCAUAAGGAGAUCAAGACCAAUAUUGAUAGGCCCGAGAUAGUCAUGUAGUUCAGGGUUUAGGGUCGAGGGCAUUGGUGCUUUAUGGGCCUCUUUUCCUUUUGGUUGCUUGGGUUCUCUGCACCAUUCCUUGGCUCAUAAAAGGACCAUGGUAUGUUGUGCCGUUAGAAUAGAAGAGGAAGCUGAAAUAUCUUUCCCAAAAAAAACAAAAACAAAAACAAAAGUGAAACAGAAAAAAUAAAAAUAAAAAACAAAAACAAAAAGAUUACCACAGGAAGCAUGUUAACAUGUUACACAGAUAUGAGGGGAUUGGUUCGACAGCUAUUUAAGGUGUUGCAGGUGCAUUUUUGUGUUUGAUGUUGUUCCUGGUGAAAUUUAAAAAGAAUAGCCCAUGUGGUGGACAUGAUAGAUUUUCUUUCACUUUUGAUGAGCAACAUUUCUUCAUUAAUGAAAUGGGUGGGAUCAAAUCAUUUUGCUAUGGUUA